AAAACUCAAUUCACUUUACACGACACUCUCAGAUCUCUGUGUGUUGUGUUUGACAGUUUGUCUUCUUCGUUGAAUUUCGGGGUCAUAACUCAUAUCUGUUCUUGUUGUUGUUGGAUUUGGGUAGGCAUUCUGUGAGGAACAAAAAUGGCGGGGGGAAUGAAUAGGAAAAUAUCUGCAGCAUCAGCCAGAGCUCACACCAGAAGAGCCAAGCAAAACUCCUCCUUUAAGCUUCCCUCAGGGAUGUUGAAGAAAACAGUACUGUUGUUUUUUGUGGGGUUUCUGGCAUGGGCUUAUAAGGCAACCCAACCUCCUCCACCCAAGAUAUGCGGUUCUCCAGAUGGCCCCCCUGUUACAGCAGCAAGAAUAAAACUUAGUGAUGGAAGGCAUUUGGCCUACAAAGAACAUGGUGUGCCUAAAGAAAAAGCCAACUAUAAAAUUGUUUUCGUCCAUGGUUUUGAUUCUUGCAGACAUGAUGCUGUCAUUGCCAAAACACUCUCUCCGGAAAUUGUUGAAGAGUUAGGGAUCUACGUUGUGUCUUUUGACAGACCUGGUUAUGGGGAGAGUGAUCCUAAUCCAAAGAGAACAGUGAAGAGCAUGGCUUUGGAUAUAGAAGAGCUUGCUGAUCAGUUGGGACUAGGAUCAAAAUUUUAUGUAAUCGGUUUCUCAAUGGGUGGGCAGGUGCUUUGGAGUUGCCUCAAGUACAUUCCUCACAGGGUAGCAGGGGCUGGACUAUUAGCUCCAGUGGUUAACUACUGGUGGCCUGGUUUUCCUGGAAACCUAUCUGGUGAAGUCUACAACCAGCAGCUGUGGCAAGAUCAAUGGGCAGUUCGUGUUGCUCACUACACUCCCUGGCUUACCUACUGGUGGAACACUCAAAAAUGGUUCCCCUCUUCUAGCGUUGCAGCUCAUAGUACGGAUAUUCUCUCUCCCCAAGACAAAGAACUCAUGACGAAGUUUUCUGGGAGAGAAAAAUAUAUGGCACAGGUAAGACAGCAAGGAGAAUUUGAGUCUCUCCAUCGUGACAUGAUUGUUGGAUUUGGGGCUUGGGAGUUCAGUCCUCUGGAUCUGGAAAACCCAUUUCCAAACAAUGAAGGUUCUGUCCACCUGUGGCAUGGAGAUGAAGAUUGGAUUGUGCCUGUUAUGCUGCAACGAUACAUUGCUCAACAGCUACCGUGGAUUCACUAUCAUGAGCUACCGGGAGCUGGGCACUUAUUCCCACAUGCUGAUGGAAUGAGUGAUACUAUCAUCAGGGCACUUUUGACUGGGGAGAAGUAGCCUUGCACGUAUGUAAUGGGCUACCCCAGGUCAGUCGCUCUGUGCAUUACAUUUUCUCCCUGAUGUUAAAAUAUGAAAUUUCUUCUGAUCAUGUUGAUAUUUAUGACAAGUAUUGUACCAGGCAUUAUAAUUUUUAUAAACUGUUGUGUGAGAAUACAGUUGAUACUAUAAAAAGGAAAUUUUUAGCCA